ACCAAGCAUGCAUUGAUUCGCUAUCAUUCGCUCUUAAGACUUGCCACUUUGGUUAAGAAGUUAAGUAGUUUGUUAAAUAUAAAAUAAAUAUUUAAAACGCUGUGUUUGUUGUAAUAAAAUAAUAAUUAGCUUUUCUGCCUGCGAGUAAAAUAAUUACACAAAUCGAAGGAUACUAAAGUUAAAGCAAGCUAAAUCGAAAAGUUCAUUCAAGUAUUUGAAAAGUUUCGAUAACUGGAAGUUCUACAACAAGUUAAAGAUCCUGUGUUUUACAUACAUACAAAUACGUAAAAAACAAGUGUGAUUUCUGGAGCUGCAUAGACGCAAACACCGUUUAAGCAAACUACUUCAAAGUUGAUUAACAGAAAAUUGGGCAAGAACCAUUUUUUUUUAUUAUUAUUGUGAAAUAAGCAGUGAAAGUGCAUUUCGUAGGCUUAUUUCUGAGAACAGUUGCUAAAUAAAAAAACUCAAAAAACGCAAAUAUAUAAAGUCAAGUGUCAUAAAUUGCACUUUGCGAUAAAUUUUGAAUUCUCUUCGUAUCCGUAUAUUUAUAAAAAACAAAAACUAACAAAAUGAUGGCCGUAGCUGCUGCACAAAAGAACCGCGAAAUGUUCGCUAUCAAAAAAUCCUACAGUAUUGAGAAUGGCUAUCCAUCACGCCGUCGCUCGUUGGUGGACGAUGCGCGCUUUGAAAGCUUGGUUGUCAAGCAAAACAAACAAACCGUGCUGGAGGAAGCGCGCCAAAAGACCAACGACGAAGCUACCUUGGAGCAAUGCAUUCAGCAAGCUAAGGGCACUCCAAUCGAGCAAGAAAUCGAACUGCAAGCCGAUCAGUCGGUGGAAAAUGUGGAGAUACCAGCUGAAGUACAUGACAUCCCAGCAGAAGCCCAUAACGAAACCAACAACGCCUCGUUGGGCGCUGCUGCUCAGGGUGAGGGCAAUAACCACAGCAACAAUGCAAAUGAUGCCGGUCUUACCGAAGAGGAAGUUUUGCUUGCCAACGCCGCCGCCGAGUCCACCGAAGCGGAGAAUGCCGUGCAGAGUGCUGCGCUCGUCGUACGCCUCAAGGAGGGCAUCUCCUCGCUUGGCCGCAUACUCAAGGCGAUCGAAACGUUCAAGGGCGCCGUACAACAUGUCGAAUCGCGUGUGUCACGCGAACAAGGCGUCGAACACGACGUACUCAUUAAGGUCGAUAUGACGCGUGGCAACCUAUUGCAACUGGUGCGCUCGCUACGUCAAUCGGGCUCGUUCCAAAGCAUCAGUCUGUUGGCCGAACAUAACAUCAGCGUCAAGGCACCAUGGUUCCCCAAGCAUGCCUCCGAAUUGGAUAACUGCAAUCAUUUGAUGACCAAAUACGAACCCGAUUUGGAUAUGAAUCAUCCCGGUUUUGCUGAUAAAGUCUAUCGUCAACGUCGCAAGGAGAUCGCCGAAAUCGCUUUCGCUUACAAAUAUGGCGAUCCAAUCCCAUACAUUGAAUACUCCGAUGCUGAGGUUAAGACAUGGCGUUCGGUGUUGUUGACUGUUGUCGAUUUGUCGAAGAAACACGCUUGCCAGGAAUACCGUGCUGCUUUCCAGAAAUUGCGCGACGAGCAGAUCUUCGUCGAACACCGUCUGCCACAAUUGCAAGAGAUGUCGGACUUUUUGCGUCGCAACACCGGUUUCACACUGCGCCCCGCUGCCGGUCUGUUGACCGCACGCGACUUCCUCGCCUCGCUGGCAUUCCGCAUCUUCCAGAGCACACAAUAUGUGCGCCACGUCAACUCACCAUACCACACACCCGAACCCGAUUGCAUUCACGAAUUGCUCGGUCACAUGCCGCUCUUAGCUGAUCCCAGUUUCGCACAAUUCUCACAAGAAAUCGGUUUGGCUUCGUUGGGUGCCUCCGAUGAUGAAAUCGAAAAGCUAUCCACUGUCUACUGGUUCACCGUUGAGUUUGGUCUCUGCAAGGAACACGGUCAGGUGAAAGCCUACGGCGCUGGUUUGCUCUCGUCAUACGGCGAACUCUUGCAUGCCAUCAGCGACAAGUGCGAACAUCGCGCUUUCGAACCAGCCUCCACUGCCGUGCAACCCUACCAAGAUCAAGAAUACCAGCCCAUCUACUAUGUGGCCGAGAGUUUUGAAGAUGCCAAAGAUAAAUUCCGUCGCUGGGUGUCAACCAUGUCGCGUCCAUUCGAGGUGCGCUUCAAUCCACACACCGAACGCGUCGAAAUUUUGGACUCCGUCGACAAAUUGGACACACUGGUGCAACAAAUGAACACGGAAAUCCUCCAUUUGACAAAUGCCAUUGCCAAGUUAAGGCGUCCAUUCUAAAGUAAAUCUCUCUAAAUCAUACAAACACUAAGCUCUCCCAUGCAUGUGUGACCCAACUCAAACACUCACCCUAACAUUUAUUUAGCUGAAUUGUGCAUACGUACCCGCCUAAUGUACGUGUGUAGGCAACGUGGAGCGGUCGUGUCGGCAGCCGUGGCCAGCACUUGUGUAGUUGUGCCGCGCCUCUUGUUAACUUAAAUUGACAUGCCGCUUUAAAGUUUACUGUUUUUUUUUGUUUUUUAUUUGAAUAUCUCUUAAAUAUUGCUUAACAUAAAUCUCAAUGUUUAUUUGUUUACAUAUAUAUAUCCUGUUAUUUUGAUGUUGUGGUUGAUAUUGCUCAUAGAGCAUUUUUUACAAUUAUUUUUUAAACUAAAUUGAACGCUAAAUUGUUGUUAACCUUUUUGUAUUGAUUUUUGGCAAAAUGCAUAGCUUUUUGUUUAAUUGUAAAGUUAUAAUUCACCGCACAUGCAAUUACCACCACCACCAGCACCUUGUACACCCUUCACCCCCUACCCACUCACCUUGUAUGUACGUAUUUUCUUAUUUAUUUUAUUUGUAUAACACUGCAACUGUAUUGGACCAAAAAGCAAACGUUAGUAAUUAAGCGAAUUCACAUACUCACACAAAUACAAAUCACACACACCCACACAAGCACGCACACAAAUGUGUGCAUCCAAAUAUGUAUUUUGUAUUAUUUCUAAAUGUAUUAUUAUUAUUAUUCGAUUUUUUAGUUGUUUGAAUAUUUUUGUUUUUGUUUUCUAUUAUAUACAUAUUUAAAAGCCGCAUAUUUGGAUGUGUCUUAGUAAAGCCUUUAUUUUGUAUUAUUGUGAAAUAUUUGUUUUUACGAAUUGUGUGCGUUUUUAUUUUGUAUCUUAUUAAAUAUUAUAUAAAUGUAACUAUUUUGUAGGUAUGUAGAAUUUAAUUUUUGUUAUGUUAUAAGAGCGCAAAGAUAUUUUAUAUAUAUACAUAUAUACACAGAGAAUAUAUAAAUGAAUAAAAGCAUAAA